UGAUUAUAUUUAUUGAUCUACUCACUGUCUACCAUGGUGGAUCUCACCACUGGUUAAUAUGCAACCAAGACAAGAAACCCUAUCUCUCAAAUCUCAAAUCACCGUCUUUAUCAAGCCUUCAAACAAAAUACAGUUCAUGUACAAUUUUAAAUCCACAAAAACUACAAAACAACACAAAAAAACACUCGAGAGAUUGUAGAUUUACAGAUCGGCAGGGAGAAUUUAUUCCAGAUGUGUAUGAAAUCGACGAAAUCGGAACCCUACCGUCGGGAGCCACGAAGAGUAGACAACAUUCUGGAGAAGGCGACGCGCAAGCGAGGGCAGACUCGGUGGGUGUAGAAGGUGGACUGACGGAGGAGGUUUUCGAGGGACUCGACGAAGAGGUUGAGGCUUCGUAUCGGCGGUAUGUACAGCGUCAACGGCACAGCCGAGAAGGCAACGGCGAAGAACAGUUGAAGCAUUUGACCCAGGAAGCUGUGAAUAUGGAUGUAGAUGUAGAGGGUAGAUAGAGAAAGUUGUUUAGUUUUAGAGAGAGAGAGAU